UCAGGCAGAGAUAAAAAAAAACAACAACAACGAGGGCUUUAAAAAGAUCCACAAUGUUCCGUCCAUCAGUAACAUCUGGUCAUCAGACUGGUGCUACUGUUACAGUCUCCGCUUUUCCGACGCACACUUUCUCCGGGGAGGACAGAUAUCAAAGUUCUUAAUUCUUUCUUGUAGCUUCAACCAAAAACACGAAAAUGCCCAGCAAAAGAAAGAAGAACAAGCGCCGCAUGAGAAGGGUGCAGGCCCAGAAGAAAGUCCUUGAGGAGCAGCAUGUUGCUGGCACUGGCAAAGGGACCCCAGGAGUGGCUGCUGUGGCGGCCCCCCCUGUUAAAUUCAAAGAAGUGGCAAAGUGUCCAAAGCUUGUCCCCAUACAGACUCAAGUAGUAAACGUCCCCGUUGUAGCGCCGCUGGCCCCAGUCGAGGUACCGGAGCCUAAACCUAUGGUGGCGGCGUUAGAGGCUGAAGUGGUGGCAGCAGAGGUUGAAGUUGAGGCGCCAGUCGAAGCUCCAGUAGAGGCUGAAGAAGCCACAUUGGAGGUCGAAGCCCCAAUUGAAACCCCAGAUGUGGUCGACGGCCCAGUUGAAGCCCCAGAAGAAGUCCCAGUUGUAGAAGUCCCAGCAGAAACUCCAGUGGGGCCACCUACAGAAGAAACUGCAGCAGCGCAGGAGGUUGACGAAAGCUUCAUUCCAAAGACGGAGCUAGUAAUGGAGGCCGCAUCCAUCCCUGAGGCUCCCGUGUCAGCUCCUGACGAAUUUGAGACACAUGACGAGCCGCUGGUGAAGGCCGAAGUGGAGGCUGAAAUAGUUGCCAAGGUCCAAGCGGAGGUCGAAGCAGUAGUCGAGCCAGAAUCCGGGCCCGUGGUCGAGGCCGUAGCUGCCCCAGUAGUGGAAACUGAAGAGGUGGUGAUCGACACAGAGGACAGUCCUGACGUUGAAGCUGAGGUCAUUCCUAUGGUCAACGCAGAUGCCAUUCUGGAAGAAGUUGAAGUAGAGGAGGCCCCAGUCGUCACAGAGGAUGAGCCUGUCACGACAGAGGCACCUGAAGGGGUUCCAGUUGAAACAGAAAUGAUCCCAGAAACGCUGUCGGAGCCCGUGGUAGCCCCAGUUGAUGAAGCCCCCGUAGCCGACGUCGCUCCCUCAGAGCCCCUUGUAGAGGCCCCAGUAGACCCUGUCAUCGAUACAGUGGCCGACAACUUUAUCAUCACAGAAUCUGUCCCCACUGUGGAGGCAGCCAUGGCUGAGCCCGCCAUUGAGGAGCAGGUGCCCGCAGUCCCAACAGAUGCACUUGAGGCCCUAUCGGAGUCGCUGAACAACGUCCCCCAAGUAUCUGAGCCCGCCCCUGUCACAGCUGAUGAAGUCAUCAACGCUAAAGAGGAAAUUGAAGCCCAGAUGGAAAUCGAAGCCAAAAAGGACGCUACUGAUGAGAAUACUGCCCUGGAUGUCCUCUCUGGACAUUUCUCAGCCCCCCAGCCUGUCAUCUCAGAACUGCAGUGUCACACGCAGCUCGCCUCUGCGCCCGUAGAGCUCGCCCCCGUGGAUAUCCCAGCAGAGGCAGCAUUGAAUGGACAUAUUGCAACUGAGGUGGCCAUUGAGGGAUAGAUCUCUGCAGAUUUCCUCAGUCAGUAUGGAGGACUGAAGAGAGCCUCACGGGGAGCCGACCAGCAAAUUUUACUUUUCAAUAUUUAGAGCUUAAAGGGACCGCCGGGAAAUUAAGCGGACAUCCAACACUCAGUGCCUUUCCUGCUUAGGUUCUCACCAAAAGAAAAUCAAACAAACACAUUUUAAUGCGGCAUGAAGGCGGGGGAAUAAGAGUCUUUGGAACAGAAUGUGACUAUUUGGAAUUAACAAAUUAUGGCUUCUUUCAUAGAUUUUCUGUAUCCUAAUGCGUGUAUUGUGGAUUUGCAUCGAUUGUAAAUGGCAUACAUUGUAUAUGGAUACUGUAGAGUUAAUGAAUGUGGCAAUGACUUGUCUUCACAUUUGGACCAUGUUUGUAUGGAUGGGAGGGGUAUUUCCUUGUACAUGUGUUCUAUAUGCUGACUACACCGGGCACGAGCGUGCAUGCUGAUUUUGUCAAUCCACACCAGAUGCGAUCAGGACAUGCAGGUUGAAAUAUCAAAAUGAACUCGGAACCAACUAUAUUAAUUUGGGGACAGGUUGAAACACAUGAAAUAUUCAUGGACAUUUAGCUAGCUAGCUCGCUGUUGCAAACUAAUUUGUCCUGGGAUAUAAAUAUUGGGUUGUUACUUUACCUGAAAUGCACAAGGUUCUUUUUUUCCUGGAUCUUUGUAGAUUUUUGACCCAUUUUGAGUCACACAAAAUUGUGUAUCCUCUACUCUGACAAUUAAUCCACAGGUAAAAGUGGAAACCUAGUUAGUUUCUAGUAAUCUCUCCUUCUUCAGUCUUCUUCUGUGGAUUUUAUAUGGCGGUUGGCAACCAACUUUAAGGUGCAUUACCACUAUCAACUGGACUAGAGUGUGGACCUCAGUUCAGCUUUCAAUCACCCACGUGGGUCUAUACUCCUAAAAAUCAACGAGGAGUUGGGAGAUGCAGGACUUACAGCGUGUCAUGCAUCAAAAAUAAAACCAAGUUCUAUUUUAGGGCCUGGCUACGCAGACGCUUGCGAGCAGUUUGGAUGAUUGAAUAACAUACCCAUCCUCUUCACUGUGUACUGGCGACGUGUCUACAGUCCUGUUGGAGAAAGUCUGCCCUGGGCAAUGAGAAAGGGUGUGAAGUUUUCCAGGCCCUCUGGCCAGAUUAUCUUAAAGACAUCCUGUGGCGAUUUUCUAACUUUUACUGUUGAAAAGUAGAAAUACAGUAAAGUACACACAAUAAAGGGUAAAAAAAUAGAGGAACAAAAGAGGAAAGCCCCCCCCCCUACUUAUGCUACGUUAUGACUUACCUGGACCAGCUAUUGAGAUGUGCCUUUUAAGCCUUUUAAGUAAAUCAGGUGUUAAAUGAGGUGAAAAGGAGACGGGAGUGCCGCUUUAACGUUCAAUUAACUACACUCAAAUCUGGCCACUGAAAAUGGGGGCUUGUAGAUGGUGUUUGUUUUUUUACAUUUUAUUUUCUAAUUCUGUUUUGUGUAGACCAUUCGAUGUGGUACAACCGCAGUUUGCGUUCACGGUUCCGUGCUCUGGAAGAUACCAUGAGGAGUUAUGUAAUGAAUGUGCUGGGUUGGAUUUCAUUCACCUUUUUGAAUAAAGAUGUUACUCACCGUGA